AAAAAGAAAAGAAAAAAGUUUCGUCUGUCCCUGCUUCUUUCCGGUGUAUACGAUCCACAUUUCGAACACCUUCCGGAGCGACAGGACGUGUGAAAUUCUGAGUACACACAGAAAAUUUUCAGGAAUUCUCUGUCAAAGCCCAUGCUGAUAAAACAAAGAAGUAUGCUGAACCCUGCGGAGUGUGGCGCACCCCCUACAGUAGCCUACCCAGAUAGGGGCCUCAUUUCCCUGACGAUCCCUCCCACAAUUUGGCAGAAGCGUCGCUGCCCAACCUUCUUAGAAAUGAUUGAGAGCUAUUCUCAGCAAGCGUACCUCCAGAAAGCCAAAAGUCGUUUGGCAGUGGGAUUGCCGAGCGACCGGAAACAGAAAGAACCCCACCUCCCAUCAGAUCCCAGACAAUGGAGCCGAGAGGACGUUGCCAAGUGGAUCCAAUACGUCACUACCACCCACCGUCUCCCAACCGUCCAGUUGGAUAGAUUUCUCAUGAAUGGUAAAGCCCUAUGUCUAAUGACAAUGGAUAUGUUUGUCAGCCGAGUGCCACUGGGUGGCAAAUUGCUUUACAAAGAUUUUCAAUUGAGACUAAACAGAGCUCUCUACAGUUGAAUAGUGCUGCCAUCUAGUGGAAGUGUGUACAUUUAAAACUAUUAGUGAUGUAUUUGAGAGUGCUGCAACUAUGUGGUUGCAAUUUACAUAACAUUUUUUUUUUUUUAAACUUUGAAUUAUUUUUGAAAAUGUUCAGACUUUUCACCACCUGUGUUCAUUAGAAGUUAUUACUAAGCAAUUUUUGAUUCAGUUUUACUGUGGUUAUCAAUUUAUUUAUUGGAGUGAUGUGUUCAACGUAUGGCACUUCUUUUAGAUAGAUAGAAAUUGCUUGAAAUGACAAUUUUAGAAACCAUUUUAAUAUAUAAUUUUGAGUGAAUUAUUUCCAAAUAAUUAGAAUUUGUUAUGGAAUUCUAAGUUCAUGGAGAUAUUCAUUUUCAUGUAAAUUUUACUUACCGCAGUAGUUGCAAAAAAUUAAUAUAAUAAUUAUAUUAAUAAUACUUAUUAAUAAAUAUUAAAUUUAUUAAUAUAGUAUUAACAAACAAA